GCGCCUGGACUGGGAACUCCAACUUAGGCGAGCGCCCGGGUCACGCGCCGGGGCGGCCCCACUGCCUCCAGCUUCCCGGGGCUGGCGUCUCGGAGGAACAGCGCGUGCCUCACGUCCUCCCCGCCCCGCCUCCGGCGCAUUGCGCACGCGCGGCCGCGCCCCGCCCUUUCUCGGCCCCGCGAGGGUGACGGGGUGAGGGCGGGGGAACCGAUGUGGGGAGGCAGCCAGAGCUCCCAGACUGCGAGCACGCGAGCCGCCGCAGCCGUCACCCGCGCCGCGUCACGGCUCCCGGGCCCGCCCUCCCCUGACCCCUCCCCUCUCUCCGUUUCCCCCUCCUCUCCCCCUCCUCCUCCUCCGACCGAGCAGUGACUUAAGCAACGGAGCGCGGUGAAGCCCAUUUUUCUCCUUCCUCGCAGCCGCGCCGGGGAGCUCGCGGCGCGCGGCCCCUGCCCUCCGGCCCGAGAUGAAUCCUGCGGCAGAAGCCGAGUUCAACAUCCUCCUGGCCACCGACUCCUACAAGGUUACUCACUAUAAACAAUAUCCACCCAACACAAGCAAAGUUUAUUCCUACUUUGAAUGCCGUGAAAAGAAGACAGAAAACUCCAAAUUAAGGAAGGUGAAAUAUGAGGAAACAGUAUUUUAUGGGUUGCAGUACAUUCUUAAUAAGUACUUAAAAGGUAAAGUAGUAACCAAAGAGAAAAUCCAGGAAGCCAAAGAGGUCUACAAAGAACAUUUCCAAGAUGAUGUCUUUAAUGAAAAGGGAUGGAACUACAUUCUUGAGAAAUAUGAUGGGCAUCUUCCAAUAGAAGUAAAAGCUGUUCCUGAGGGCUUUGUCAUUCCCAGAGGAAAUGUUCUGUUCACGGUGGAAAACACAGAUCCAGAGUGUUACUGGCUUACAAAUUGGAUUGAGACUAUUCUUGUUCAGUCCUGGUAUCCAAUCACAGUGGCCACAAAUUCUAGAGAGCAGAAGAAAAUAUUGGCCAAAUAUUUGUUAGAAACUUCUGGUAACUUAGAUGGUCUGGAAUACAAGUUACAUGAUUUUGGCUACAGAGGAGUCUCUUCCCAAGAGACUGCUGGCAUAGGAGCAUCUGCUCAUUUGGUUAACUUCAAAGGAACAGAUACAGUAGCAGGAAUUGCUCUAAUUAAAAAAUAUUAUGGAACGAAAGAUCCUGUUCCAGGCUAUUCUGUUCCAGCAGCAGAACACAGUACCAUAACAGCUUGGGGGAAAGACCAUGAAAAAGAUGCUUUUGAACAUAUUGUAACACAGUUUUCAUCAGUGCCUGUAUCUGUGGUCAGCGAUAGCUAUGACAUUUAUAAUGCGUGUGAGAAAAUAUGGGGUGAAGAUCUAAGACAUUUAAUAGUAUCGAGAAGUACAGAGGCACCACUAAUAAUCAGACCUGAUUCUGGAAACCCUCUUGACACUGUGUUAAAGGUUUUGGAGAUUUUAGGUAAGAAGUUUCCUGUUACUGAGAACUCAAAGGGUUACAAGUUGCUGCCACCUUAUCUUAGAGUUAUUCAAGGGGAUGGAGUAGAUAUUAAUACCUUACAAGAGAUUGUAGAAGGCAUGAAACAAAAAAAGUGGAGUAUUGAAAAUAUUGCCUUCGGUUCUGGUGGAGCUUUGCUACAGAAGUUAACAAGAGAUCUCUUGAAUUGUUCCUUCAAGUGUAGUUAUGUUGUAACUAAUGGCCUUGGGAUUAACGUGUUCAAGGACCCAGUUGCUGAUCCCAACAAAAGGUCCAAAAAGGGCCGAUUAUCUUUACAUAGGACGCCAGCAGGGAAUUUUGUUACACUGGAGGAAGGAAAAGGAGACCUUGAGGAAUAUGGUCAUGAUCUUCUCCAUACUGUCUUCAAGAAUGGCAAGGUGACAAAAAGCUAUUCAUUUGAUGAAAUAAGAAAAAAUGCACAGCUGAAUAUUGAACUGGAAGCAGCACCUCAUUAGGCUUUAUGACUGGGUGUGUGUUGUGUGUGUGUGUAUGUGCAUGCACACACAUACCUGUGUGUAUGUAAUACAUAAUGUUUAUUGUACAGAUGUGUGGGGUUUGUGUUUUAUGAUACAUUACAGCCAAAUUAUUUGUUGGUUUAUGGACAUACUGCCCUUUCAUUUUUUUUCUUUUCCAGUGUUUAGGUGAUCUCAAAUUAGGAAAUGCACUUAACCAUGUAAAAGAUUAGUGCUAAAGUAAGCUUUUUAGGGCCCUUUGCCAAUAGGUAGUCAUUCAAUCUGGUAUUGAUCUUUUCACAAAUAACAGAACUGAGAAACUUUUAUAUAUAACUGAUGAUCACAUAAAACAGAUUUGCAUAAAAUUACCAUGAUUGCUUUAUGUUUAUAUUUAACUUGUAUUUUUGUACAAACAAGAUUGUGUAAGAUAUAUUUAAAGUUUCAGUGAUUUAACAGUCUUUCCAACUUUUCAUGAUUUUUAUGAGCACAGACUUUCAAGAAAAUACUUGAAAAUAAAUUACAUUGCCUUUUGUCCAUUAAUCAGCAAAUAAAACAUGGCCUUAACAAAGUUGUUUGUGUUAUUGUACAAUUUGAAAAUUAUGUCAGGACAUACCCUAUAGAAUUACUAACCUCGCUGCCCCUUGUACAAUAUAUAUUAAUCAUUCUACAUUAAAGAAAAUAAUGGUUCUUACUGGAAUGUCUAGGCACUGUACAGUUAUUAUAUAUCUUGGUUGUUGUAUUGUACCAGUGAAAUGCCAAAUUUGAAAGGCCUGUACUGCAAUUUUAUAUGUCAGAGAUUGCCUGUGGCUCUAAUAUGCACCUCAAGAUUUUAAGGAGAUAAUGUUUUUAGAGAGAAUUUCUGCUUCCACUAUAGAAUAUAUACAGAAAUGUAAAAUACUUAAAAAAGUGGAAGUAGUGUAUUUUAAAGUAAUUACACUUCUGAAUUUAUUUUUCAUAUUCUAUAGUUGGUAUGACUUAAAUGAAUUACUGGAGUGGGUAGUGAGUGUACUUAUCUUAAAUGUUUCAAUUCUGUUAUAUUUUUUAUUAAGUUUUUUAAAAAUUAAAUUGGAUAUUAAAUUGUA